AUGGGAGUGUACCCUAGUACAGUAUAUCUUGAUCAUCAGUUGAUUGAUACUGACAAGUAUAUUAUGGACAUGCACAUGCACAUGCACAUGCACAUGCACAUGUAUGUGGAUCUACUGGAUGAGGAUACUUAUAGUAGGGAAAUGCACUUUUAUGUGGAACCAUUGAAAGGACCAGAGAUGAAGAACCAUGAAGCACAGAGACAGCUGUCAGAAUUAAGUGGAGUUCCUGCUGAAUGUAUCUAUUAUACAGCAGAGGGAAUAUUAUUUCCAGUUGAGAUAUCAUGUCUUGAUAUUGAGAAUAAGUUGGACUGGUAUUCCAUCAGUUCAGAUGGUUCCUCAUUAGGACUAUAUGUUGAUGGAGGUGUCAUAUAUUACAAGUUGAAGAGAAUUGAGAAAUACAUAUCAAAGCAUAGACAUAGACGUAGAUAUUGA